AUGGCUGUGAAGGACAGGUUCCCUAUACCGUUGAUUGAGGAUUUAAUGGAUGAACUGGAAGGGUCUAAGGUGUUCUCUAAAAUCGAUUUAAGGGCCGGCUACCACCAAGUCAGGAUGUCACCUCCAGAUGUUCAUAAGACUGCUUUUAAAACACAUAGCGGACACUAUGAAUAUUUGGUUAUGCCCUUCGGUCUCACAAAUGCACCGGCAACCUUCCAAAGCCUGAUGAAUGCAGUUUUCAAGCCUUUUCUCCGGAGGUUUGUUCUUGUGUUUUUCGAUGAUAUCCUUAUCUAUAGUCCAUCUUUGGAGGAACAUGUGCAUCACUUGCAGAGUGUCUUUGAAGUUAUGCCUGCUCAUAAACUGUUUGCGAAGAUGAGUAAGUGUGCGUUUGCGGUUACUAGAGUGGAGUAUCUACGCCAUUUCAUCAGCCAUGAGGGUAUUGCUACUGAUCCUGCAAAGAUUCACGCAGUGCAGGAUUGGCCGGUUCCUACUACCCUGAAACAGUUGAGAGGUUUUUUGGGUUUAGACGGAUACUAUAGAAGGUUUAUCAAAGGGUUUGGUGUGAUCGCAGCACUAUUGCAUGCUUUGACUAAAAAGGAUGCGUUUGAGUGGUCAGAGAGAGCACAAUGUGCUUUUCAGGAACUGAAGGAUGCUCUCUGUAAUGCCCCUGUACUAGCUUUGCCCUUGUUUGAAAAACCUUUUGUGGUGGAGACAGACGCGUGUGGUCAGGGAAUUGGUGCGGCUGCGUAUGCUGCAGAUAGCGUGGUUCAGGACAUUAUUGCUUGUUUGAAACAGAACCCUGAAGCAAAGAAGAAUUACUCCUGGAGCCAAGACAUUCUCAGGCGCAAGAAUAAGAUUGUCAUACCCGCUGAUGUUGCUAUUAAGAACUCGAUAUUGGAAUGGCUACACUGCUCUGGUGUGGGAGGUCACUCGGGUCGUGAAGUUACUUAUCAGAGGGUGAGAGGUUUAUUUUACUGGAGGGGAAUGGUGAAGGACAUUCAAGUGUUUAUUCGGGGUUGUAGUGUCUGCCAACAAUGCAAAAGCGAUAAUGCAGCUUCUCCUGGUCUAUUACAGCAACUACCAAUUCCAGAGACAGUGUGGAGCGAUGUCUUUAUGGAUUUCAUUGAUGGCUUGCCUGACUCUGCCGGAAAGACAGUUAUCAUGGUGGUUGUGGAUCGACUCAGUAAGGCAGCACAUUUUAUUGCUUUGUCGCAUCCUUACAGUGCUCUUUCUGUUGCUCAGGCUUACUUGGACAAUGUUUUUAAACUUCAUGGUUGUCCGACUUCGAUCGGGGUUUCUCUUAAGAUGUCCAGUGUGUACCAUCCUCAAAGCGAUGGUCAGACAGAGGUAGUCAACAGAUGUCUUGAAACGUACUUGCGCUGUAUGUGCCACGCUCACCCUCACAUGUGGUGCAAGUGGAUCGCUUUGGCAGAAUAUUGGUACACCACCAAUUACCAUACGUCCACCAACAUGACUCCGUUCGAGGCAGUUUACGGUCAAGCUCCUCCAGUUCAUCUUCCAUAUUUACCAGGAGAGAGCAAGGUGGCUGUGGUGGCUCGCUCGUUACAGGAACGGGAGAAUAUGUUGAAGUUCCUUAAGUUCCACCUGCUUCGAGCACAGCACAGGAUGAAACAAGUUGCGGAUCAACAUCGCACGGAGCGUGACUUUGAGAUUGGUGGAUAUGUGUAUGUCAAGCUUCAGCCAUACCGUCAACACUCUGUGGUUUCAAGGGCAAAUCAAAAGUUAUCACCCAAGUACUUCGGUCCUUACAAGAUCAUUGACAAAUGUGGGAAGGUUGCGUAUAAGUUGGCUCUCCCAUCGCCGUCCCAGAUACAUCCGGUAUUCCAUGUCUCUCAACUGAAGGUUCUCGUUGGUAAUGUGUCCACCACUACUCAACUACCGACUGUGAUGCCUGAGGUAUUUGUCAAAGAACCUGAUUUGAUUAUGGAAAGGAAGAUAGUGAAUCGACAAGGACGAGCAGCUACCAAGGUUUUGGUUAAGUGGGUUGGUGAACCAUUGGAAGAAGCAACCUGGGAGUUCCUUUUCGAUCUCAAGAAGAAAUUUCCUGCGUUUGAGGUUUAG